AUGAACAUAAUUACAGAUCGUGGCUUGGCCCAGAAUACUCAGAAACUUCAUGGAGUUAAUCCUGUACUACUAAUAGAGAAGAUCCUUCGAGAGCGCAUUCUUGAUUCUCUCUAUUGGCAGAAAGACUGUGUUCCUUUGAAUAUUCUCACUCUUCUAGAUGAGACUGUUUUACACGUCCAUCUUUUAGGCACAUAUUCAAAUACAGGUAGAACAAGACCAACGAGAUUCAUUUGCAUCACAUUAAAACUCCUUCAGUUGCAACCACGUGAUGAUAUCGUUGAUUACCUAACUGUACAAGCAGACUUCAAGUACCUCACUGCAUUGUCUGCCCUAUAUAUAAGACUUACUAGACCAAGUGUACAGAUAUAUGAAAAACUAGAACCUUUAUUAAACGAUCGACGCAAAAUCAACUAUUACUACGAUAACGAAGCCCGCGUGAUGCAUAUGGAUGAAUAUAUAGAUGGACUAUUGACGCAAAAUAAGUUUUGUGACUUGAUACUACCUCGUCUAAUUAGUCGAGAUCAACUAGAGGAUCAGGAAUUAUUAGAGCCCCGACAAAGUCUCAUGCAGAGUGUCUUCGACGAAGAAGUACAACGUGAAGAAGAGAAGACCGUUUAG